AUGGAACCUGCCGAGACUCCUCUGAGCCCCCAACAGGAAAUCCAUGAAGUGGAUCAUGGUCUUAUCCGCCAGUUGCUUGCAGAUUCAGAGGAGACUCUUGGUGCAUGUACUGAGAAAAUGCAGGCCCCCGCUCCAUAUAACUGGAGUGCUGACUGGAGCUUUUGGAUCUCAAGUUCCACUUAUAAAUAUAGGAGUGAGGAGUUUAAGAGACAGUUUUCACAUCUGCCAGAUUUGGAGAGGCUCAUAGUAGAUUAUGCCUGUGCCCUCCAGAAGGAUAUUCUGCUGCAGGGACGCCUGUACCUCUCUGAAAACUGGCUCUGUUUCCACAGCAACAUCUUCCGAUGGGAGACCACAAUUUCUAUUGCCUUGAAGGAUAUAACCUUCAUGACAAAGGAGAAGACUGCGCGGCUCAUCCCAAAUGCCAUCCAAAUUGUAACAGAAGGGGAGAAGUUUUUCUUCACAUCCUUCAGUGCUAGAGAUAGAAGCUACCUCAGUAUCUUCCGCUUAUGGCAGAAUGCACUGCUGGACAAGAGACUGACCAAACAGGAGUUCUGGCAACUGGUACAACAGAGCUAUGGCUCUGAGCUGGGCCUGAACAGUGAGGAGAUGGAGAGCUUUUACUCCUCCUCUGAAGACAAUGGACAAUCUAGAUCCAGCAUUUGUGAUGACUCUGGAGACAGAGAUGAAAAAUUACCCAAAGCAAUCCGUGAAAUUCAUGAACCCAUCAUUCAGAUAGUAGAGGCAGAGCCAUUCCAUGGAAACACACUGACAGGAGGGUCUGAGCAGGAGGAAUCCCAAAAUGAGAAACAGGACAAGAGGAGCCUUCUGUUGCCUUCAGAAAAGAAACCAGUUAAGCUAGAGAGACGCAGGCUCCCAGCACAGUCCCUGGAGCCGAUCGAGAGUGAGAAUCUUCUGGAGAAGAGCAGUGCCUCAGAUAGCGAGGAAGAAGCCAAGGAGACUGUCCCUGAGAAUGACCUGCACGGGAGACUCUUUAUUAAUAGAGUUUUCAAUAUCAGCGCAGACAAGAUGUUUGAAAUGCUUUUCACCAAUUCCCAUUUCAUGCAGAGAUUUCUCAACACCAGGAAUAUAGUAGAUGCUGUAUCGACCCCUUGGAAUAUGGAUGGCAGUGGCAAUCAGUUGAGGACCCUCACCUACACUAUAAUGAUUAACAAUCCGCUCAUUGGGAAGUACACAACUGCAACAGAAAAGCAGAUCCUGAAUAAACUGAGCCAGAAAGGUCAGUCUUACCGGGUAGACGCAGAGGUGCUGACACAUGAUGUCCCAUACCAUGAUUACUUCUACACUGUGAACAGAUACUUCAUCACCCGCACAUCCAAUCAGAAAUGCAGAUUACGGCUUUCCACAGAUGUGAAAUACAAAAAGCAGCCAUGGGGCCUCAUCAAGUCUCUAAUUGAGAAGAACACCUGGAGCGGGAUAGAGGAGAAUUUCAAACAACUUGAAUCAGAUCUGCUAAUGGAAGAAUAUGCAAUAAACCAAUCUCUAGAAGAUCCUGGGAAACUUAUUGCCCUAAGAAGAAGACGACGGAAUUUACACCGAAAUGUGGCAGAGCUGCUUCCUAAGCGUUCUUCACAGCACUCUUCCGGGGACAUUGGAUUAGAGUCCCAGGGCAACAUAGUAGGAAGGAAAAGGGAUGCUGCAAGGAAGACCACAGCCAUCAUUGUGGUAUUGAGCAUCUUUUUGCUGCUCUUGGUUUUGCUGAAUGUGACUCUCUUCCUUAAACUAUCAAAGAUAGAGCGUGCAGCUCAGUCAUUUUACCGGGUCCACCUUCAGGAUGAGAAGUCUUUAAACUUAGCCCCAGACAUGGUGUCCAGAGAGGAUAUCCCUCAGCGUGACCAGGAACAGGUUCAGCAGGUGAAGGGAGUGCUGCAAGACUCUAUUGCAAUGCUUGAACAGCUGAAGAGUUCCCUUUCUAUGCUUCAGAGAAGCUUUGAUCACCUGAACAAGACCAAGAGUGAUGAGACUGAGAGUUAA